GCCAGGCGCGAACUUCGGGCUGCGGUGCGUUGGGUGGACGGGCGUGGGUCCCGGAUGUCGGGAUGUUGGACCCGGGCACCCUCUUGUCCUUCCUCCAGCGGGCGCCCGGGGCGCCUCCGAGGGUAACUGUUGGCGUGUUGGGAGUUAGUGUUUUAGCGCUGCAAUAUGCACACUUCCUGUUCACCGCCCCCUUUGGGGCCAUGGUUGCCUCUGCCCUUUGGUCCACUCUUUCCAGGCAGAGGAAGAGAUCUGUGGUGGGAGAGGCCCAUCAGCCUUAAGAGUUUGCCCCUGUGCAGUAGCAGCCUGCUUGGAACCCAGAACAGUGGGAGCCGAGGGAAAGCAGUCCAGACCUAUUAAAGUAAAUGGGUCCAGUAAUUGGAAUGACUCCAGAUAAGACAGCUGAAACCCCGGGAGCUGAAAAGGUUGCGGCACUAAGUCAGAUUUAUAAAAUGGGAAGUUUGCCUGAAGCUGUUGAUGCUGCCAGGCCAAAGGCCACUCUAGUAGGCAAUGAGUCUACAGAUGAUGAGCUCACAAACUUGAACUGGCUUCAUGAAAGUACUAAUCUUCUAACAAAUUUCAGCCUCGGAAGUGAGGGUCCUCCAAUGGUUAGUCCAUUGUAUGACAUAGAAGGAGAUGAUGUACCAUCCUUUGGACCAUCUUGCUACCAGAGCCCGGAACAAAAAUCAACAACUUCAAAGCCCCCAUACUCUUUUAGUCUUCUAAUUUAUAUGGCUAUUGAACACUCUCCAAAUAAAUGUUUGCCUGUCAAAGAAAUUUAUAGCUGGAUUCUGGACCAUUUUCCAUAUUUUGCUACUGCACCUACAGGCUGGAAGAAUUCUGUUCGACAUAAUCUGUCCCUAAAUAAGUGUUUUCAGAAAGUGGAAAGAAGCCAUGGCAAGGUUAAUGGCAAAGGUUCCUUAUGGUGUGUUGAUCCAGAAUAUAAACCCAAUCUUAUGCAGGCACUGAAGAAGCAACCUUUUUCCUCAGAGCCUCGUAACUGUCAGUGUGGUUCUUUAUCACCUCACUACCUAAGCUCUGUUUUCAAGCAGAACCAGGUGCGAACCCUCAAAGAAUCUGAUAUUGAUGCUGCCGCUGCAAUGAUGCUUUUAAAUACUUCCAUAGAGCAGGGGAUUUUAGAAUGUGAAAAGCCUCUUCCUCUUAAAACAUCAUUGCAGAAAAAGAGGAAUUAUGGUAAUGCAUUUAAUCAUCCCAGUGCUAUAAGAUUACAAGAGAGUGAUUCUUCCACCAUCAGCAUUGAUCCAAAAGAAGAUCAUAAUUACAGCGCAAGUAGCAUGGCAGCACAGCGCUGUGCAUCCAGAUCUAGUGUGUCUUCCUUGUCUUCUGUGGAUGAGGUCUAUGAAUUUAUCCCAAAGAGUAGCCAUGUGGGAAGUGAUGGCAGUGAAGGAUUUCAUAGUGAAGAAGACACAGAUGUUGAUUAUGAAGAUGAUCCUCUUGCUGACAGUGGCUACGCAUCACAGGCUUGUGCAGAUACCUCUCAGAAAGGGCAGCCAGGCAAAAAGAUGCGAAAACAGUCAUGUCAAGAAAUUGAUGAGGAGCUCAAAGAGGCAGCUGGAUCUCUGCUCCACCUUGCUGGAAUUCGUACAUGUCUGGGUUCCCUGAUAAGUACUGCAAAGACACAAAGUCAAAAGCAACGGAAAAAAUAGAAAUGCUUUUUAGUGUGAAAUUAUUUUAAAGUGUGGCAAUACUCUUCUACUUAAUUCUUUACAAGGGAUAUCAAAGCCAUAAUCGACUUUAGUUUUAAGGUGAGGAGGGGUGCCAAUUACUUGUUCCUUUCAAAACAUUUUUGAUUUCUGUUUAUUUUUUAAAAUUUAACCAUUGCUGUAAGGAUCAUGCCCAAUCGUAAACGUGAUAAAAAAGCCUGAGAGCAUAAUUUUUGUGAUAAGUGUCUCUUAAGAUUUGGAAAUUGUUAUAUAUGAAAAUCCCCAGCCUUUGUCUUAACCUUGUAGGAAAAAAAUCUUUUCUAUUGAUAUGUCAAAAAUGUAACAUUGGCAACUUUAUAUAACUUAAUUUUAUUUUCCUUUCCAAUCUGUAACUAACCAUAGCUACUGAUCCCACUAAAAUUUUUGCUGAUAUUUUUGUCAUAUACUCCUCCCUGCCACAUGACCUAGUAGGGUAAGAUUUGAAUUAUUUUAAUUGUGUCUUAUUUUUUGUUUUAAAUUAUUUGUUGAACAUGAGCAAAGUCAUAAAUCAGAAAAGAUCCUAGAUGUCUAGAAAAUUCCUGUUAAUAAUAUAGGUAAAAAAUCCAACAGAGUGUUGUAAGAUUUAGAAAAGAAAAUUUGGGGAUGUGAUUUCAUCUAAGAAGACUACAGUUCCUAUUACAAUAGUAUCUGAAGUGUUUUUACAUCAUGGAUGACGCAUAGCAUUCACUGGGGCCUUUUAUUUUUUCCCAAAGUGCUCUGCAACCACUGUUUAAGCCACCAGCUGUCUAUGUGAAGUGGAAAUUGUCCACUCAGAGGAUAUAGCCAUAGAGUGUUAUGGAGUAACACCAAUUUUGACAUACUUUUGCAAUAAGAAUCUUUCAUUUGCUUUCCUAAAUACACUGCAUUCUAAGAGUCUUAUAACCAGAUGGAGUGGAAUACUUAUUACUUAUGUUAUCAUAAAUGAAAGUAGGUCAUUUAGGAAAAAAAAAAAAAGAACAAAACUUUCCAAGCUUUGUAUGAAUUAAAAUUGAAUGUAUACGAAAUAAAUUUUAAAAGGCUUAACUGUAAAGCUAAAAUACUUUCUCGGAUUUCAACACUCAUAAAAUUAGAUCAUACACAAAACUUUUUGAGGAGGCAGUGUAAUACUUAUAUGUGCCAUUAAUCCAUGCUAAAAGGUUUUUAUAUUACUAUUCCAGCAUUGUCUUAAAAUGUUUUAAGUAUUUAAACAAACCUGCUUAUGAGACAGUUUUUCAUAAUAUCAUUUAUAUAGUUUGACUACAUUAUGGAGAAAGAACAGGGAUACUAAUACUAUAAUUUAUUACAUUUUUUUUUUUACAAUGGUGGGAACAACUUUGGAAAAGUUUAUUCUUAUGAUACAUUCUAUGUCAUAGACAAUGACUUAAUUUUCAUUUUUCCCCAUAAUUUUUAUACGUAGAUACACACACACAAACUCAAGAUGUUAAUUUCCUGCUUUCAGCUGUGUUUAUGACUAUAAAACAUUUUCUUGGAUUUUUUUUAAAGAGAUAAAUGUUUUUAUUUUAGCUUCUAAAUUUUAUUUCGACAAAACUGUCAAAAGAGAAGAAUAAUAACAAAUGUAUCUUUCAAUUGAUAAGACUUUUAUCCAGGGAUAAUAGCAUUAAUGUUUUCUGUCCUGUUUCCCUGUCAGUUGUCAUUGAUUAUAGAUAACUACCUUAAUACAAUUGGUGCUGUUGAAAUACAGUAUUUUUUUCAUUUGUUGAUAAUGUAGGAUGAGUUAUUUGGACUUUUUCCUUCAUAAAUGUCACAUCUCCAGCAAAUAGCUAAGCCAGAUUAACCUCUUUUACUAUAGACAGUGAAUAAAACACCAAAAACAAACAAAAAAAACCUUUUACCACGGUGUAAAUAGUAAAGAGAUUACAAAAAUGGAUGUAUUCUCCGUUGUAAUAGGGAUCUUCAAAAUGUCUUCAUAUAUGUAACUCCUUAAUUUCUUUGAUUUUUUUUUUCUCCCUCUGUACUUAUCCAACAAAUUUAAAUGUUUAAGCUACAUUCAUCAUUAGCAAGGACAAUAAACACUGUACUAACAUCUACCAGGGAGAAGUUAGACAUUUUAUUUACACCUAAGUCUUGUACAGGAUUAGUGUGUCAUGUUCUAUUUGCUAAUACAACACAGCAGUUAUUUUCAAGGGGAGCAGCUUUUUAAUUAUGGUCCUGCUGUUCUCACUCCUAAGGUGUGUGGAGAUAGAAACAUGUCUCAUAGCCAUACAAUUAAGGAAAGUCAUUCCAAGUCCUGUGGACUAGAAAUCGUAUUCCCAAUAAUAAAUUAAUUUUGCUGUAGUCAGAACAAUUUGGAAACCCCAGAGAAGUUACAUAUUUUUCAAUAACUGUGACUUAAAUUAACAUACAAUUUGCCUUACAUCAAAAAAAUAGAAAGUUGGUUGCAACCUAUUCCAGUUUAUACUAGAUCCCUAGUGAGAGUUUUGUCUCAGCAUGAUUAAUCUUCAUCUGUGAAGAUGAAGAAUCUGUGUUUCCCGAAUAUGUAUUUUUGACAUUUAUUUGUGCAAUAUAUUACUAAAUUAGUUAAUAUUUUACUUUACAAAUUCAGAAGAAAACAGAUUACCUGCAUUUGUGGAAAAGCUAACUAUUGGUGGAUACCUCCCUUUUUCCACCUUUGAGCCUUUCCUGUCCUCAUAGUCACCAUGACUUCUCUUAAAUUAGAUUCCUUUGUAUAUUGUAAAGUUUAGUAUAUAUAUAUAUUUUUUUUUUCUUUUGCUAUUUUCUGAGGCAUUAUGUGAAGGGUUCAUAUUAGAUGGUCAGUCAAAUAUACGUUAGCAAAAAAUUCAAAGCUAGAGAAAGUGUUAAGGAGGGAAUGUGUGUGUCUUGGUAGGCCAGGAAGCCUUCCCCAGCAAUUUAAGCAACAGAUGUGAAUACUUCACAAAGUGUAAAGACUUUUGUCUUAAAUACUACAGUAAUUUAACACCGUUUUGUGAAGACUCAUUUAAGAGACUUUGAGGCUUUCUGGUUUAUAUAUACUUUAUAGUUUUAUUAGUUUGAAAUGUGUAAGCUUUGAUUUAAACAAAGUUUACUUCAGUAUGUUAGAUGUAGUCAAAAUAUUUAUUGAAAGGGAAAAUAGAAUAUUUUAAUGUUAUACCUGCCAUUUUUUCUUAAAGUACAUUCUUUGCAUCUAACUGCCAGUGCCGUUGUCAAAACUUGUUUCUAAAAUUGUUGUACAUUUUUUUAUUAAACUAAGUGCUUGAUUUUAAAGUAUUAUGUUGCCAUCAGAUAGUAUAUAAAAAUGUAUAAUUGCCAAUUCAUUGUAACUACUAUUUAUUUUUAAAUGAAAGUAUAAAGAUGCUUUCUGUUUCAAGAAAUUUGUUAUUAAACUGUUUUCUUUUUUGAUGUAGCAUAAAAAUUGUCUUCAGUUGGAAUUGUAACUGCCAGUAGAUGACCAGUCACAAGUGAACCACUUCUUAGUUGCCAGUCUUUGCUCAUUUUAAAAACAACUUACAAAUGUUUAGUUUUUGUAUCUAAUCUCUGAUAAUUAAAAUGUUUAUAAAGUUUAUUUUUACCAAAGAGAUACAAUUCAUUAUGAUAAAGUAUUGCAGAGUAAACUUUGUUUUGUAAUA